AUGGUCCUCCCACGCCUCCUCCGCCAGAGCAACGGCUCUGCUGUCGUCUUCCUCAGCGUCGGUAUCGUGCCCCUCCUCAUCGCGUUGGGCCUCAUCCUCGCCGCCCCACACUCCGCCCUUGCGGCGCCCUGUGAUCCGCAGAUCUCGGGCUUCGGACCAACAUCCUCGCCAGAUACGGUAGAUGCUCUUCAUAACAACGGCGUCUAUGGAGGUGUCGCGAGCAGUGCUCCUACCCCGUCCGGCUAUGUGGUGUUCGAUAACAAUGGAAACAUCCCCUUUGGCGCCUUUGGCACCUGGAGUGCUGCCCACAUGCCCAACGCGAACUACCUAGGAUGGCGUAACCUGCAGAGUUACGACCCAUCCAAUUGUUCGGCCCUCUGCAACGUGACUUCGACGUGUCGGUCUUUCAACAUGUUCUACCAGCGGUCGCCGACCCUGGAACCGAGCUGGAACGCCAGCUCCUCCUGCUACAACCCCCCUUCAACCGUCGAGAUCAUGUGUACCUUAUGGAACACGAAUAUCACCGUAUCCGCCAUCGAGGUCAACUUCGGCUGGGCACGGGGCGGAUUCAAUGUGGCGAUAGUCGCCUCCAAGUUCUACAACAAGAAGGGGACGUCAUAG